AUGGGCCGGUCCCGGCCGGGCGAGCGCGGGGCCCCGGGGCCCGGCCCCGCCGCGCCCCCCGCGCCCCCCGCGCCCCCGCCGCGCCGCGCCCCCCGCGCCCUGGCGCUGCUCGGGGCCCUGCUCGCCGCCGCCGCCGCCGCCGCCGCCGCCCGGGCCCUGGCCCGCUACUCCGAGGCCCAGGCGGCCGCGCGGCAGGAGGCGGCGCUGCAGGCCCUGGGGGCGGAGGGCCUCUUCCUCUUCUCCUCGCUGGACGCCGACGGGGACCUGCGCCUCAGCCCCGAGGAGUUCCGGCCCGUCGCCGAGAAGCUGACAGGGUCCACGCCCACCGCCAGCUACGAGGAGGAGGAGCUGGCCCUCGACCCCAGCGAGGAGACUCUCACCAUAGAAGCCCGGUUCCAGCCUCUGCUCCCCGAGUCCAUGACCAAGAGCAAAGACGGGUUCCUGGGGGUCUCCCGCCUGGCCCUGUCCGGCCUCCGCAACUGGACGGCCGCCGCCUCGCCGCGGGCACAGUUCGCCGCCCGCCACUUCCGGGCCUUCCUGCCGCCGCGCGGCCAGGCGCUGGGCGAGCCCUGGUGGCUCAUCCCCAGCGAGCUGAGCGUCCUCACCGGCUACCUGUCCAACAACCGCUUCUACCCGCCGCCGCCCAAGGGCAAGGAGGUCAUCAUCCACCGGCUCCUGAGCAUGUUCCACCCGCGGCCCUUCGUGAAGACCCGCUUCGCCCCGCAGGGGGCCGUGGCCUGCCUCGCGGCCGUCAGCGACUUCUACCUCACCGUGGUGUUCCGGAUCCACGCCGAGUUCCAGCUCAGUGAGCCGCCCGACUUCCCCUUCUGGUUCUCGCCCGGCCAGUUCACCGGCCACAUCGUCCUCUCCAAAGAUGCCACCCACGUCCGCGACUUCCGGCUCUUCGUGCCCAACCACAGGUCUCUGAACGUGGACAUGGAGUGGCUGUACGGGGCCAGUGAGAACAGCAACAUGGAGGUGGACAUCGGCUACAUUCCCCAGAUGGAGCUGGAGGCCACGGGCCCCUCAAUACCCUCUGUGAUCAUGGAUGAGGACGGCAACGUGAUUGACAGCCGCCUGCCCUCAGGGGAGCCCCUGCAGUUUGUCUUUGAGGAGAUCAGGUGGCAGCAGGAGCUGAGCUGGGAGGAAGCUGCCCAGCGCCUGGAGGUGGCCAUGUACCCCUUCAAGAAGGUCACCUACCUGCCGUUCACCGAGGCCUUCGACCGCGCCAAGGCCCAGAACAAGCUGGUGCACUCGAUCCUGCUGUGGGGGGCGCUGGACGACCAGUUCGGGGCGGACUCUCCGGGAGACGGUCCUGGAAAGUUCGCCCAUCCUCGCCCUCCUCAACGAGAGCUUUGUCAGCACCUGGGCCCUGGUGAAGGAGCUGGAGGACCUGCAGAACAACCAGGAGAACCCGUCCCACAAGCAGCUGGCGGACCUGCACCUGGAGAAGUACAGCUUCCCCGUGGAGAUGAUGAUCUGUCUGCCCAACGGCACCGUGGUCCACCACAUCAACGCCAACUACUUCUUGGACAUCACCUCCAUGAAGCCCGAGGACGUGGAGAGCAGCGCCUUCAGCUUCGAGUCCACCUUCGAGGACCCGUCCACGGCCACCUACAUGCAGUUCCUGAAGGAGGGCCUGCGGCGCGGCCUGCCCCUCCUGCAGCCCUAG